UGCGUCCGCCGCACCACUAGGGGCCAGCGCGGGCCGACGGAGGAGUCUGAGCCAGAGACAGCGAGAUCCCGAUCUGUGCGGAGCCAGGACGCCGAGCAUCCUGGAGCCCAGCUGCAGCAUGUUUCCUUUCCUGGGGCAUGACCAUGCAGCCAGGCCGAGCCCUGGUGCUAGGGGUAGCCCUGUGCCUGGCGUGUGGCCAGCCCCUGCUUCGGGCCCCUGAACACCCCUUCUCUGUGCUGUGGAAUGUGCCCUCAGCACACUGUAGUGCCCACUUUGGUGUGCACCUACCACUACAGUCUCUGGGCAUCACAGCCAACCACGGCCAGCGUUUCCAUGGCCAGAACAUCACCAUCUUCUACAAGAACCAGCUCGGCCUCUAUCCCUACUUUGGGCCCAGGGGCACAGCUCAUAAUGGGGGCAUCCCCCAGGCAGUGCUCCUUGACCGCCACCUGGCACGGGCUGCCUACCAGAUCCAGCACAGCCUGAGACCUGGCUUUGCUGGUCUGGCAGUGCUGGACUGGGAGGAAUGGUGUCCACUCUGGGCUGGGAACUGGGGCCGCCGCCGAGCCUAUCAGGCAGCCUCCUGGGCUUGGGCACAGUGGGCAUUCCCCCACCUGGACCCCCAGGAGCAGCUCCACAAGGCCCGUACUGGCUUUGAACAGGCAGCCCGUGCCCUGAUGGAGGAAACACUGCGGCUGGGCCAGGCACUGCAGCCCCAUGGGCUCUGGGGUUUCUAUCACUUCCCAGCCUGUGGCAAUCGUUGGCAUGGUAUGGCUUCCAAUUACACGGGCCGCUGCCACUCAGCAAUCCUCGCCCUCAACACCCAACUGGAUUGGCUCUGGGCUGCCUCCAGCGCCCUCUUCCCCAGCAUCUACCUCCCACCCCAGCUGCCACCUGCUUAUCACCAGACAUUUGUCCGAUACCGCCUGGAGGAGGCCUUUCGUGUGGCCCUUACUGGGCACCCACAUCCCCUGCCUGUACUGGCCUAUGCCCGCCUCACACACCAGAAUUCUGGAAAGUUCCUGUCUAAGGGUGACCUUGUAAAGACCAUUGGUGUGAGCGCAGCACUGGGGGCAGCCGGCGUGGUGCUCUGGGGGGACCUGAGCAUCUCCAGCUCUGAGGAGAAGUGCAGGCAUCUUCAUGACUACCUGGUGGACACCCUGGGCCCCUAUGUGAUCAACGUGACCAGGGCGGCCACAGCCUGCAGUCACCAGCGGUGCCAUGGCCAUGGACGCUGUGCCCGGCAAGACCCCGGACAGCUGGAAUCCUUUCUGCACCUGCAGCCAGAUGGCAGGCCCGGAGCUUGGGAGUCCUUCAGCUGCCGAUGUUACUGGGGCUGGGCUGGCCCUACCUGCCAGGAGCCCAGGCCUGAGCCUGAGCCUGAAGAAGCGGCAUAAAGCCAGGAGUCAUCUGCCGAGACCCUCUUGUUCCUCCUGCCAUUCCCAGUCCUGGAGGAUUCUGCCCCACUCUUGUUCUAUUUAAUCCUCCCAUAUACACACCCUACUUUCCAUGGGCGUUUACACCAUUUGAAAACCAGAGGCCCUCUGAAAUCACCUGAUCCCUUCUAACAAGGAAGUAGCCGCAGGGAGAGACAGGGUUCCAGAUGGUUAGGGUUGUCGGCCCCGGGCUCUGCUCCUUCACACCACUGAGUCUAGAGCGGUCACAGGACAUCUAUCCAAGGGCAGGUGGGCCCCAAGAUCUUGGCUAAGGUCUGUACCUGCUAAGCUGUUGUCUACUUUGCUUUCAUCAUAAAGUCACUUUUUCUUUCACUG